ACACUCACAUCAUGUUCAUAAACACCAUACACAACAACGAUUCCCAAGUUAUCACAAGAAACUACAUCAACAUCACAUUCGUGUGCCGCUACCCUAUCAACUACCUCGUCCAGCAACCCAACGGUGAAAACAUGAUAAGAGUUGAUGUCAGAACCAUCACUCUGAACACAGAGGAUGGGAACUUUUCAGUGUCCAUGCUGCUGUACAAAGAUGAGGCCUUUGAGGACAAAUGGAACACUGUGCCAUCGCUGACACUGGAUGAUGACAUCUUUGUAAAAGUGUUCAUGAUACCUGCUCACCUGAUGCUGCGCAUGGAGAGAUGCUGGGCUACUCCAACCAGUGAUCCUUACAGCAAUAUUCAGUACACCUUCAUCAGAGACAGCUGCCCGGUGUUGUCAAAUGAACAGACACUAAGUGUGCUAAAGAAUGGCCAGGGUCCAGAGGCCAUGUUCAGGAUACAAAUGUUCAAGUUUGUUGGCAGCUCUUACACCAACGUCUUCCUCCACUGCAAUGUCCAGAUCUGCCACAACACCGUGGGGCUGUGCCAGCCUAACUGUUCCAGUGAUGAUGGAUUAAUGAGAACAAGGAGAGACAUCCCUCUCUCACAUACAGUGUCUUACGGACCCAUCAGACGAUUACUAAAUGACAAUGAAAAGCCCAAUCUGACUGCAGGCGGAGUACCACCUGUGGAGACCUUUGUGCUAGGAGCACUGCUGGUCGUCUUGCUGCUGAUCACAGGAGUGUUUGGGAGACUGUGGCUUCGAUCCAGACGUUUUUACCCGGCGCGGGAAGCACAGCUCACCCUGUCCAACAUUCACCACAUCUCAGAGGUGGCCUCAUGAGUGUGAAGCAGAGGAUAGGGGACCUUUUGUGGACAAAAAUAAUGGACAUUCAAAAACAUACAUUUGUACAAAUACAAACACACAUGUGCAGGUGUGUUUAAUAUAAUAUUGUAAGUCUCGCGUAUUUUCUCUUUAUAAA